AUGGAAUCCGAGUAUGUCCUAUGCAGCUGGAAGGGCCGCUGCUGGCCAGCAAAGGUUUUGCCCAGAUCCGGGACCUCACCCAAAGAUAAGAGGAAAAAGCCACGUUCUCUACAAGUUCAAAUCCUCUCGGUAGGUAAAAAAGUUAGAGUGAAAAGCAGCACCAUAAAGAUCCUAAAUGAAGCUCAGAUCGAAUCCAUUGCCUCCUCGCUAGGGGCCCCACCCAAGGCAAGGGUCCCACCGGGAGAGGAAGAGGCCUACAGAAGCGCUCUUACAGUGGCACUGCAGAUUCUGAAGGAGAGGGCAGACCCGGGUCAGGCAAGAGCAUCGGGGGACCCAGAGGCCCCCCCGCUGCCUCAAAAGAGACCGCAAAAGCGAUCUCGUAGAAAGUCUCGAAAGCCCAAAGGGAAGUCACGGCGAAGCCUCAGGAAAAAUGAAAAGCCCAAGUCGCCGUUGGUGCGUUCGGGGAGUGAGGACGCCCCGGAUGGUGACGAAGCACAGGCGCAGACAUCGGCCGCUCCGGUUCCAAGGGAAACGCAAGCCAAGUCCUCACAGAGCUUCGGCCUGGGCCCAGACAUCCCGUCGCUUUCAGAAGAUGACCGUGAGGAAGAGGGCAAGGCACAGAGGGACACCUCAAGAGCCGCGCUCCAGCGUCGCACGGUCAACGGGGAGGGUGCAGGUGCUAAGGAUGGAGACGUCCCGCCAUCUCAGCCACCCGGUUCCAUCGUCACUGUGCCCAAGGGUCCGAAAGGAGAGGUGCGUGGCAGCUGCCCGAGGACCCCGGCUGUCUCCUCCGAGUGCUCCACCAUCUCCGGGAACACUGAGGACCCUGGAGAGGGGGCCGCCGGGAGGCCGGGCUCGGAAGAUGUGGCGUCACCCUCCAGCGCCCCUAGCCUCGGGCUGCGUUUUUCGGCCCGUCUGGCGAGCAAGAAAAGGAAGCGAGAAGAACAGCUUGCAGCCGACCUCAAGGAUAGUCCCCGCAAGGCGUCCGACAAGAAGCGUGGCGCCAAGGGGGCGAGACGACCGAGAGGCCUGCCUUCCCCACAGGACCCGGGCGCCAUCGAAAGAGGAACGAUCGUCUGGUUUAAAUUUCAGCAUCACCCGUUCUGGCCAGCAGUGGUCAAGAAUGUCAGCCGCACAGAGCAGGUGGCGUGGGUGCUUCUGAUCGAGGCAUACAUGAACCGUGGAAGGAAAGGCAUUCGAGUGCCCCUUCGGAGAUUAAAGCAUCUGGACUGCAAAGAGAAAGAAAAGCUCAUCAAGCGGGUCGGGAGAGCGUACGAGCAGAGCGUCAAGUGGUGCCUCUCCGUGAUUUCCCACUACAGAGAAGGGCUCAGUCGUGGCUCUUUCAAGGGCUCCUUCCUGGACUACUACGCUGCCGACAUCAGCUACCCGGUGAGGAAAGCCGUCCAAGAGGGCGACGUGGACAUCGAUUUCCCGAAGGUGAAUUACGCCGACCUGGAAGAUUCUGAGGAGGAGGCCGCCCUGUUGGGGAAGAAGCCCUACAAGAAAAUCCUCCCUGACCGGAUGAAGGCCGCUCGGGACCGAGCCAACCGGAAGCUGGUGGACUUCAUCGUGAAAACGAAGGGGGCCGACCACCAUCUUCUGGACAUCGUCAAAGGCAGGAAACAGUCCAGGUGGCUGGCGUCAUACCUGAAGUCGGAAAAGUACGUGAUCUGCGUUGAAACGUACCUGGAGGACGACGAUCAGUUGGAAGUCGUGAUGAAACAUUUACAGGAAAUCUACAAAGAGGUGGACAGGAAGAAGCUGGCCCUGACGAGGGACGACAAGGUGAGCUUCGUCCUGGAAGUCCUUCUGCCAGAAGCCAUCAUUUGGUCCAUCGCUGCGCUCGAUGGGUUAGAUUACAAGCAGGCAGAAGAAAAGUACCUGCGAGGGCCACCUGUGCAUAGACGGGAGAAGGAGCUAUUUGACAGAAACAUCUUAAAGAAAGUAAGAAGGAGACCCACAGUCAGGAGCAAGGCUAAGUAA